AUGUCGUCUGGCGGGAUGUUAUCUCAUAAACAAAGAGGAAAAGAGAUCGCAGCCUCCUCUAGUCCUUCGAGAGAUGCGACCGAGGCACCGCUUGAAGAAUUUGAACGGAGUCAUCAUGAGGCGAUGAUGGACACCGGGAAUUUAGAUCUGUCUCAAAGGAUCCUAAUCUCCGAAUCUGCGCGUUCGUAUCGGCAAAAAGUGAGAGGAAAUCCAGAUGAGCCCCAGGCUUGCGAGAGAGACGGUUCCGGCGGUGCGAGGGAAGAAGCUCUCGCUGUCAAUUACGUGCCGACGUGCUAUUAUCCUGGAGGGAUCUUCGAGGAGCUCCCGGCGUUAGCUUUCGAGUUCCUGCGCUCUCCCGAUGUGAGCGGUCAAGCUUGGGAGAAUGUUACUAAGACUCAGUCAACUCCCAAUAGCGUGACGAAGCUUCUGAGGGAACGUCAUGGACUAGGGGUAACUUUCUUGAUUCCCUCGGAAAACCAGAGGCCUUGGUCACCACCAGUUGGGUAUCAGUGCGUUUACGAAUCCUACUUUCGGGACGAUACGAAGCUUUGGUUCCCAAUUCCUCGACUAAUCACAUCGUAUGCGAGGCACCGAGAUGCAGCGAUAAGUCAGUUUUUGAAUGGUUCAUGGCGUAUCACGGUGGCCCUGAUGGUUAUGGCUGCUGAAAUUUAUGUCUCGUUGAGCGUUCGUGUCCUCGAGGAGUUGACGUCCGUCAGCUCGUUAGACGACGGGCUUCUGUUGAUAAAGAUGCGUACCAUCUACAAUGUGAUAGGAAGGCAUCCUAACAAGACGCCGGAUUGGCAGAGAUCUUAUUUCUUCGUUAAAUGUGAUGACUCUGCCUUCGAAGACCCGCCAGAUGACGACUACCGUGUCUUAUGGAACAAUUUGCUUGGUAGAACAUCUUCGUUAACUCAAGAUUGGAAUUCGAGUUAUCCUCUUUCUGCCAACAAGACUAAGAGGCGGAUCUCGCUAUUCACAAAGGAGGAGCAGAAGAGAAUCAACGAGGCAAGGAAAAUGAGAGGGCUUCCAGAUCUGAGUGCGAUUAUGACGGUCGAACUUAAUCUGCCGAGUGUCGAACUACCUGCACCUUCUAACGAGAUGGCGAUUGCCGGCACCACCGACGCGAGCCCUUAUUAUCAAGAUUCCUCAGCCGGUACCAUUACUUUGGCUCCUAAGAAGAAAAAGGGGGAGAAGAGACCCCGUGACGACCUUCCUGUCAGCGUAGGUUCUGAAGCAGCUCCUGUUGAAGCUGAGAUUCCUAGUCAGGAGGAGACGGCUGAACCGUCAUCAAAAAAGAGGAAGGAAGGCAAUCAGCAGCCUCAAGCUGCAGGGAUCGUGAGGCCGCGAGAGACUGAUGUCACCAAUCCCGUGCAUCGGAGUGAAUCAGCUGGCGAGCCGGCUCUCAACUUAGCCUCAUUGGAUGAUCUUGAAGACGCCUCUCCCGAAGUUACACUGCGGAAGAAGAAGAAAUCCAAAAAGACGGGUGAUCGAGAGAUGGUCGCUAGUGCUCUAGUUUCGUCGACCCCUGGAACAUCAGUCGUCAGUGCUUCGUCUCGGAAGAAGACUCUGAGGGUCGAGUUUCCUGAUCACGUGUCGUUCGAGUACGAUGGUCCCACCCCGCUUAUUUAUGCUCCUUAUAAAUGUGCUGAGUUGGUCAGCCAGAUCAAAUGCGGGCCGAAGCCUCUUCCAUCCAUGUAUGAUUUGAUCUUUAAGGACGAGUACGUCGACGCUGCUCGCACUAAAUUACUGGGCGACGGGAGCAUGAAUUUCGUUGUUGAGAAAUACGACACAGCCUUGAAGAAGACUCGCGAAGCCUUGAGAAAGUCGGAGAAAGCAGUGGCGGCCAAGGGUAAGCUUCUCCGCCGGAAGAAAGCGGAAUGGAGGGAUGAGUUCGUGAGGAUGGCCGAGAAGAGAGAACGAGCGAUUGCUCGGAAGAAGAUUCAGCGGGAGCGAGCUGACGCGGCCGAGGCCGAACUCUCCAUCGCUAAUGUGACCAUUGCGACUUUGGAGUCUCGGAAGGCCAGUCUGAUGGAAGAGAUGGGGGUCAAAGCCGAAGAACAUAAGAAAGAGUUGGGUCGGCUUAGGGAUUCGCGUGUCUAUGGGGUUACGAAGGAGAGGAUGAGGGUUGAGACCGAGAUGAUCGUGAAAUCCAACAGGCACUUCGGAAAUCUGCGUGAAUGGUGGACUCGCCGCGGCCCUUUCGACACAGCACGGUUGCUUCAGAGCCAGGCGUUUGGAACUAAGAGAUGCCUUGAGGCUUUAAAGGCUGGUGGUCGGGAAGGAUCGUCGAAAGCCGAUGCGCCGGCCCUCGCUUCUGAUGCUCUUGAUGAGGGAACGAAGUCCGUCGGGAAGGAUGUCUUUGAGAUCUCUGACUCUUCUGUUUCGAACCCAGAGGGUAAUCAGGGUGAAGGGCCGGAUAAAGAUGAUGGCGGUGAGGCGGUUAAUAAGGAGCAUAGUAGAGAGACGACUUGUUCCGAAGCUCACCCUCCCGAAAGUCAGCCGGAGGUUCGUGAAGGCGAGGCGACGACUCGUGUUGAGGGCGUCGAUGCGGAGCGGUCAGUGCGUGCUGAUCCUUCGGAGCCGUCCCUUGGUGGUGGAACCGCUGCACAGGAGUGGGCUGAAGACCCCGAGGAGUAA